AGUUAACUGCAACAUUGACCGGGUUCGCAAAAUUCAUAGUUUCGAAAGAUUGUUUUGUUUGUCUUUUCGUUUACGUUUAGUCUUGACGGUUAUAACGAGGAUUCUGAAGACUAUUUGAAAAUUAAAUGUAAAGAAUCAACGGUUACCGAAAGGUCAUAGUGGGCCUUCGCCUGACUGCUUGAACGGUUCUAAUGUAUUGAGUCAACGAUUUUUCUACGAAGGUUGACUGUCCUGUCGAAAAUUAUUCUCAUAUACCUUCGUUUUGUGAGGUUCUAAAAUAUGGAACAAGAUACGGAAUACAUUAAGCUACCAUUAGAGGAACGAUGCGCGCACAAGUUAUGGAGAGCACGUUUGCAUGGUUAUAAAGAGUGUGUAACUACAUUUCAAUGUAUCGACGAUGAAAAAUCACCGGAGUGGAACAAGUUCCUAGGAUUUAUAAAAAAGUUUGUAGUAGACAGUAAUGCUGUAGUUCAAGAAAAAGGGUUGGAAGCAGCAUUAGCAUUUGUUGAAAAUGCUGCAGUGGCUGGAAAGACUGUUGGCGAAGUUAUGAGUGGAAUAGUUACUAAAUGUAUUGCAGCCCCAAAAGUUAAAACAAAAGAGUUGGCAGUGCAAAUAAUAUUAAUGUAUAUAGAAAUUGAGAAACAUGAAGCUGUUCAAGAAGAAUUGUUAAAAGGAACAGAAGCCAAAAAUCCAAAAAUUGUUGCUGCAUGUAUCAAUACUUUAACAGUGGCUUUAAGACAAUUUGGUCCAAAAGUGAUUAAUAUAAAGCCUCUAUUAAAAAAGAUUCCUGGUUUUCUUGAAGAUAGAGAUAAAACAGUUCGAGAUGAAGGAAAAUUCAUGGUCAUUGAGAUUUAUAGGUGGAUAGGUGCACCAUUGAAACAACAAUUAAAUACAUUAAAGCCAGUACAAAUUACAGAAUUAGAAGCAGAGUUUAAUAACUUAAAAGAAGAGAAAGUUGUACCAACUCGGUUUCUGAAAUCUCAUAAACCAAAACAAAUAUGUGCCGCAAAUUCUACAACUGAUAUUAUUGAAGCAUUUUCUAAUAAAGAUGGCAAAGAUGAUACUGAUAGGGCUUCAGUACCAGAUAUUGAUCCUUAUGAAUUAUUAGAGCCAGUUGAUAUUCUUUCUAAACUUCCAAAGGAUUUCUACGAAAAAAUUGAGGCUAAGAAAUGGCAAGACAGGAAAGAAGCUGUAGAAGCUUUAGAAACUCUUGUGAAAAAUCCUAAACUUGAAAAUGGUGAUUAUGGAGACGUAGUAAGAGCUCUAAAAAAGGUGAUAUCUAAGGAUUCUAACGUAUUAGUGGUUACAUUGGCUGGAAAAUGUCUAGCUGGACUAGCUACAGGUCUUAAAAAAAGAUUCCAACCUUACGCAACUGCUUGCCUUUCAUCAAUUUUGGAGAAGUUUCGUGAAAAGAAACAAACUGUAGUACAAGCACUUAGAGAAGCUGCGGAUGCCAUCUUUCUUAGUAUUUCAAUUGAUGUUUUACUGGAGGACACACUUGCUGCUUUAGAAAAUAAAAAUCCUGCAGUUAAAACAGAAACUGCUGCUUAUUUAGCAAGAUGUUUUUCUCACACACCACCACAAAGCUUAAAUAAGAAGUUAUUAAAAGCAUAUACUGGUGCACUUCUAAAAGCAUUAAAUGAAUCAGAUCCAAGUGUUCGAGAUGCUUCUGCAGAGGCUCUUGGUACUGCCAUGAAAUUAGUUGGCGAGAAAGCCAUGACACCAUUUAUUACAGAUAUUGAUAAUCUGAAGAUGACAAAGAUUAAAGAAUGUGCAGACAAAGCUGUAAUACAUAUUAAAGUUCAGAAUCCGUCAAAAAUGAUUACUGAAAGGCCGAAUACAGCGCCAAGUAAAAUCGAAUCAGCAGCGAAAGCUAAGGAUGCAGAUUUCAAAGCUCCAAAGAGACCGACUACAGGCAUAGUUAAGAAACCCUUAGCUAAAAAGCCAUCUGGUUUAUCUCUAACAAACUUAGCUGUUUCAAAGAAGCUCUCAACUGCAAAAACUCAAACAGAAAAAAAUUAUAGUGCCGAAGAAAUAGAUGAAAUGGCUAUACAAUAUUUAGCAGCAGAUAUUCUUUCAGGUCUCGUUGAUACUAAUUGGAAGACCCGUUUAUCUGCAGUCGAACAACUUCUAGAGUUUGUGAAACAAAUGAAUUCAUCAGAAGUACCUACACAAGUGAUUGUACGAACGGUAGCAAAGAAGCCAGGUUUUAAAGAUACAAAUUUUCAAGUCCUGAAAUUGCGGUUGGAAGUAGUAAAAUAUUUGGCAGAGAAUUUCCCAUUUUCAAAUACUGUUUGUGAAUAUUGUCUCAUGGACAUAACAGAGAAAUUGGGAGAUGCGAAAAAUAGUACAAUCGCAGGUGAAACUCUUUUAACGAUUGCAGAAGCAACUAGUUUCGAGUAUGUAACAGAUGAAAUAAUAGCGUUUGCUUUUAAUCAGAAGAAUCCAAAAGUUCAGCAAGAGACAUUAUCGUUAAUAUGUAGAGGUCUCACAGAAUUUGGCUGUGUUAUCAAUGUUAAAUCAUUAAUGGAUAAUAUCAAAAAAGCAGUUGCAGCAACAAAUCCUAGUGUUCGUACUUCAGCCAUUACUUUAUUAGGUACGUUGUACAUGUUUAUGGGAAAACCACUGCUAAUGUUCUUUGAAAAUGAAAAAUCUGCGUUGCGUCAACAAAUUGAGCAAGAGUGUGAAAAGCAUAAUGGUGAAAGUCCUCCAAUACCAAUUCGUGGAGUAAAAAACAAAAAGGGAAAAAUAAGUGAUGACGACGAUGACGAAGCUGAAGUGGAUAAAAAAUCUGCUUGUAAUAGCGAGCUUGACAUAAAUAAUCUCAUUCCACGAAUUGAUGUCAGCAAUCAAAUUACAGAGAGUCUUCUGAAUGAAUUAUCUGAUAAAAAUUGGAAAGUGCGAAACGAAGGCUUACAAAAGGUAAAUGCUAUUAUUUCAGAAGCGAAAUUUAUAAAGGGUUCUAUUGGUGAUUUGCCUCAAGGAUUAGCUCUACGAUUGGUUGAUAGUAACAGUAAAAUAGCACAAUCAACCCUAGGCAUAUGUCAAGCAUUGGCAGUGGCCAUGGGUCCACCAGCAAAGCAACAUAUUAGAGUUCUAUUCCCCGGAUUCAUACAAUGUUUGGGCGACAGUAAAAAUUGGAUUAGAACAGCAGCGAUAUCAUGCAUAAAUACAUGGGGAGAUCAGUGUGGGUAUAAAGAAUUUUUUGAUGGAGAAAUAAUAGGUGACGCAUUAAAGUCCGGAUCACCAGUGCUCAGAGCUGAAUUGUGGAGUUGGUUGGCACAAAAAUUACCAUUGAUUCCGGUGAAGCAAGUACCUAAAGAAGAACUUCUUGUAUGUCUUCCAUACUUGUAUAAUAAUUUAGAGGAUCGUAAUUCCGAUGUUCGGAAAAAUGCUCAGGAAGCAGUUUUGGGUUAUAUGAUCCAUCUUUCUUAUGAAGCAAUGGCUAGGAAUACAGAAAAAUUGAAGCCUGGAUCUAGGACAGUGGUACUUGCUGCAUUAGAUAAAUCUCGACCAAACUUACCUAUGAAACCGUUACCCAAGAAACAGCCAGUGGAAGAAAAUAAUCAAAAAGUUAUUAAGAGUGCAGGAGCCGUAAAGGCGGCAAAAACAUUAGUGAAACCUAAACAGAAUCAAGCCACGUCAAAACCUGGUAGUGCACGCAAGAAAGAUGACGAUGCAGACACAAGUCCUUUGUUGGUUACGAAUAAUCUCAAACAUCAGAGAGUAAUCGAUGAACAAAAAUUGAAAGUUUUAAAAUGGAAUUUCACAACACCUAGAGAGGAGUUUGUUGAACUUUUGAAAGAGCUUAUGACUGCUGCAAAUGUAAACAAAACUUUGUUGGCAAAUAUGUUUCAUUCAGAUUUCCGAUAUCAUCUUAAAGCUAUCGAGGCAUUAACCGAGGAUUUGCCUAACAAUAGCAAAGCAUUAGUGUCUAAUUUAGACCUGAUCCUCAAGUGGUUAACAUUAAGAUUUUUCGACACAAAUCCUUCAGUAUUAUUGAAAGGUCUAGAAUAUUUACGUGUGGUAUUUAAUCUAUUAAUAGAAGAUCAGUACCAUAUGUUGGAGAAUGAAGCAGCAUCGUUUAUUCCAUACCUCAUCAUUAAAAUUGGAGAUCCAAAAGAUGCAGUGCGAAAUGGAGUCCGAGCAUUAUUUAAACAAAUUGCGUUGGUAUAUCCAAUAAGCAGAUUAUUUUCGUAUAUAAUGGAAGGUUUAAAAUCUAAAAAUGCUCGACAAAGAACAGAAUGCUUGGAUCAACUAAGUUCCCUUAUAGAAAAUUAUGGAGUAUCUGUUUGUCAACCAUCUCCAGCAUUUGCAUUAAAAGAAAUAGCAAAGCAGAUAGCAGAUCGCGAUAAUUCUGUUCGGAAUGCUGCCUUGAAUUGUAUAGUUCAAGCAUAUUUCCUUCAAGGAGAACGGGUGUAUAAACUUAUCGGCCAGAUAUCAGAAAAAGAUCAGUCAUUAUUAGAUGAACGUAUCAAAAGGGCAGCUAAAAAUCGUCCAAUGAAAUCGGCUUCAGCAAACAAACUUGCACACCCUGCAAGUACAACUCCUAUCGCUUCUAAUGAAGACGUUAAAACAGAAUAUGAAGAAGAAAAUGAAGAAAUACUCGAGCCACAACCUGCUUCACCACCAUCACCACUACCACUACAGCAACAAAAUGAAUUGGGAAAUGUAACAGACAUAGAUGCAGUAGCACCUGACAGCACAGCCGACGCAAUACAGACGUGUCCUAUGACUAAUGAACAAACUUCAAAAACAUCGCCAGUAAAAAGUACCACCAUGUCGCCUCAAAGUGAUCACGAAGAUAAUAUUAAAACAUGUAAUUUAACAUCACCGCAGAAAAAAGUAACAGGUCCAUUUGGACUUGAUAUGGAUUACUUACAAAAAAUUGAAUCAGAGGCGCCUGUAAAAUUCAAUAACCCUGUUCUUGUGGAAGUGAAUCUAACUGAGCUUGAAGCUCUACUCGAAUCUCCAAAUACAGCAAAUCUACCUAAAGUGCCAAUGAUACCAAUUUCUCCUCCGAAAUUGUUGGUAUCAAAGUCAACAAUGGUUACACAACAAUUGAAUACGGCCAACGCAAGUAAAGAAGAUAGUCUUGAACGCAAAAUUCUUGCAAUGUCUAGCUUGGAUUUAGCUGUUGCGAUUCAAUCAAUGAACAGUAUAGAUAAUUUGAUUAAAUCCCAUCAAGUUCUGAAUUUACAAUCCAAAGAAGAUAAAUUUAUUGGUUCAAUAAACAUGCAAUUGAAACUUUUGCAAACAUAUCCUUUACAACAAGGAGGAACAGAUAUAUCCAAAGGUUUUAGGAGCACAUUUAUGGUUAUUUUAGCGUUCUACGAUAGCGGAGUUCUUGGAAAGAAUGUUCCGUUGAUUCAUUUAAAGGAACUUGUGGAUCAAAUGAUUAGUUUGCUAGCUGAGCAUAAAUUACACCAUUUACAUCAGGCUGACGUAUAUUAUCGUGUUAUUAACAACAUUGUUUGCAAGAUAAUAGAUAAUUCAAAUCAUACCACGAUUAUAUGUGCUUUAAUAAAGUUGCUCCAUGGAUGUGCUGAAUCUAAUGAACCUUCCAAAUAUGAAGAAUUAGUUAUGAAAUGUUUAUGGAAGAUAGUAAAAACAAUCCCUAACUGGGCUGGAGAUUUAAAUUAUGAUACUAUUCUUCUGGAAGUUCAUCGCUUUUUGAAAGAUUAUCCUACCCUGUGGUGGAAACUAAGAAAAUCUGACACUCCAUUACGAACGAUUAAGACAAUUCUUCACAGUAUGACACGUAUAAAGGGCAGUACAAUUCUCAGUCAUUUGACUCGAAUAAAUAACACGAAUGAAUCGGAAUUACAUACCUAUCUCGUAAGGCUGAUCGCGACUUUCAAACCUGAUGAAAUUAAUAAUCCAAGAACAAUGAUUAAAUCAAGUAAUAGUGGUAAAGCACAAGAACACCUAUCAAAGUUUACUCACCAACAAUUAUCUGAAAUAUUUAAAAAAAUUGGGUCGAAAGAACACACACAAGAAGGUUUAAUACAGCUGUAUGAUUUUAAACUUCAAUAUCCUGAGGCUGACGUACAACCUUUCUUGAUAAAGUCUCACCAAUUCUUCCAGGAUUUUAUAGAACAAGGGUUAAGAGACAUCGAUCAAGCAAGAAAAAAUCAAAAUCUUAUAUCACAAACUAAUAAUCAAUAUUCAACAGGCGAUCCCACAGGACAUGACGAGAAAAGCCUAAUGGAUCCGUUGCACAGGCUCGAAAAACUUCGAGCAAAUGAAGCACAAAGUAAAUCUACUACUCAAUCAAGACAUGAAUUAACCCACUUCGACACUAAUUAGGAUUGCAGUGCUUAAAUAAAUGGACGAAGAACCAAUAAUACAUAUAACACAAUAUUAAAUAACGUACAUAGUGCAUAGAUAACGAAUGUUAACAAAAAUACCCAAUGUAAUGUUAUGCCGUUCAGUGCAACAUUAACUGUAGCAUUUACGUUCGGAUUUUCAGUAGUUACAUAUAGAUCAUACAAUUACUAACUGCGUCAGGUUUAUGUGUUACAAUAUUUAAUGGAACUAUGACCGCGUUAUACUACUCAUAUUUAUGCGAAUUUUAUAAUAAUUAAGCUAUAAGAAGGAA